UCAGUUACAAAGGAACAAAGUGUGUCAUAAAGGAAUAAAUUUAGUGCCACCUCUAAGGAGUAUUCCUUUACCGUCACAAUACAGUCAUCACAGAUUUCAUGAAAUCCAGUAGCUCCUCCUGUGUUUCUUUGGAAGGAAUAUAAAUCAGCCCAGAUCAAAUCUUUCUUUAUCGACUUUAACAAAUUAGCAUGAGUGACCUAUGCUUGUGAAGCUCUGCAUGUAUAACAAAUAGCAAUCAAGUUUUCACAAGAUCCGUCCCGAGGAUCCAAUCUGAGGAUCCAAUCCAAGUAUCCUGCCGACCACGCCAAACUUUGACAAACGGACCACAGGAGUCUCAGGUCAAGGUGGAGAUUCCAAAUUCCACAGGUUUCAACUUUGAAGUUGGAAUAUGAAGACAGUAUGGAAUAAUUUAAUACCACUGGCCAUUUCCUGGACUCUGUUACUGUGUUGCCCUUCAUUGACGAGUGCUGUGUUAAACUGGGAGAUUCAGCGAUAUGAUGGAUGGUACAACAAUCUAGCACAUCACAGCAGGGGUACAGUGGGUGCCCCCUUUGUACGUCUGCUACCUGCCAAUUAUGCUGACGGAGUUCUUGAAGCUAUACAGGAACCAGGGUUACCAAAUCCCCGGAGCAUCAGCAAUGUGGCAAUGCAGGGAAUGUCGGGAAUACCCUGUGACAGAAACAGAACUGUGCUGUUUGUUUACUUUGGGUUUCAUGUCAUCGACGAAAUUGUGGAAGGAACUGGGUCCGGUUGCCCCGCUGAAUUUCUGAACAUUCAGGUUCCUUCUGGAGACCCGGUUUUUGAUCCUAACAGCACAGGGAGUGUACAGCUGCCAUUCCAGAGAAGUCAGUGGGCAACAAGCUCAGGCCAAAGUCCAAACAACCCCCGAUUGCAGAUUAACCAUGCCACUACAUGGAUUGAUGGGAGUUCUAUCUAUGGGUCAUCACAUUCCUGGAGUGAUGCCUUGCGUACCUUUUCUGAUGGGCUUUUGGCUUCUGGUUCGGACAAAUUGUUACCGAGGCAAGGUACUGGGUUGAUUCGCUUGUGGAAAACGGCAGAUCCUGCAACCAAGCAACAUGGAAUUCAGGGACUUUUUGAUUUUGGAAAUGCAAGAGCAAACGAGAGUCCCUUCCUCCAAGCGGAAAGCAUCAUCUGGUUCAGAUAUCACAAUUACUUGGCUGCCCAGCUUAAAGCUCAGAACCCCACAUGGACGGAUGAAGAUUUAUUCCAGAAUGCCAGGAAGCGAGUCAUUGCCACCUUUCAGCGCAUCAUAUUUUAUGAGUGGCUGCCAGCCUUCAUUGGACAGAAUGUGAGCAGAUAUGGAGGUUAUAAAAAACAAGUAGAUCCUGGCAUCUCACCUGAAUUUCAGUCAGCUGCUAUUAGAAUAAUCAACUCCCUGGUUCCAUCAGGUGUCUACAUGAGGACCAAAGCCUGUCUGUUCCGAAAUGUUACGAAUGUUAACAGAGAAGACCGAGCAUUUCGAAUGUGUAAUAACUUCUGGAGUAGAGAGAAUCCAAACUUGAAAGGACCACAGGACAUAGAUGAUGUGAUCCUGGGGAUGGCUUCUCAAAUCGCAGAACGAGAGGACAAUGUUGUGGUGUCAGAUCUAAGAGAUUUCAUGUAUGGACCUCUGAGGUUUACAAGAUCAGACGUGGUUGCUCUUGAUAUCCAGCGAGGGAGAGACAGUGGCCUUCCAAGUUACAACCAAGCACGUCAAAUCUUUGAUCUCCAACCAAUCACAAACUGGUCAAGUCUCAACACUCGCCUCCACAGCGAGAAGCCAGAGCUCUUUGACCAGUUAGCAGCACUGUACAAGAAUGAUAUUUCCAAACUGGAGAUGCUAGUUGGAGGUUUUUUAGAAAGUGAUGGGGACACUGAGCGACUCUUUCCCAUCCUCAUAAGAGACCAAUUUGAACGCAUACGGGAUGGAGAUAGAUUCUGGUUCGAAAACACCAAGAAUGGGCUUUUUGCACCAACAGAACUUGAAGCCAUUUGGAACACCAAAUAUGCUGAUGUGUUGCUGGCGACAACAAGUGCAGGGCCUCAGGAUAUUCAACGUCAUGUUUUCUUCUGGGAGGAUGGUGACCCAUGUGCUCAACCAAAGCAGCUGAAUGACAGUGACCUGGAGCCAUGUGUAAAAGUCAGCACAAUGCAUUACUUUCAAGGCAGUGGAGCAGGCUUUGGAAUUCUUAUUGUGGCACUUUGCUGCCUCCCUUUAGCGGCCUUGUUAAUGGCUUUCACUGUAGCUGGUGUUCGAAAGAAAGAAAAGAGCCAAUUACAGAAAAAAAGAGUUUCUGUCAGGACACCAACGGACUCAGGAAAUAAAAUCAGAGCCUUUGAAUGGCAAGGGCCCAAGGAACCAAAUCGGCCUGUCAGCAUCAUCCUUGACUCUGACAAAUGCCUUAAGGCCAUGGACAGCAAAGGUGCCCUGAUCCGGAGCAUCAAUCUAUGUAACGUGGGCCAUGCUGAUAUCAUUCAAUCUACCAAUAAUGAACAAAAAGCUCUGCUGCUGAAAGUUCCUAAGGAAUAUGAUCUGGUGUUGAUGUUUAAUGGAGAAGAAGAUCGCAAUAACUUUGUGGAAGAUUUGAAAGCAUACCUGGAAAGGCAUGGCAUAAACCUCCUGAUCCAUGAAGUGAAAGAACGCACACUUUUAAAAGAAGCUGUGACAAAGCAGCAGCGGAUUAAGAUCUUAGAUACUUUUUUCCGCCGUGUGUUUGCACAGGUUCUGGAGAUUGACGGGUCAGAUGCUGGCGACUUUGACAAUGAAAUUUCAAAGAAGGCUAAGGAGUCUCUGAAAUGUGAGCUGACGAGUGCAGAGUUUGCUGAUGCGCUGGGACUAAAGGAGAGCUCCAUGUUUGUGGAGCAGAUGUUUUCACUAGCUGACAAAGAUGGAAAUGGCUAUCUCUCGUUCCGGGAGUUCCUGGACAUCUUUAUUGUCUUGAUGAAAGGUUCCCCAGAGGAGAAAUCUAAGUUAAUGUUUGCAAUGUAUGAUGUAGACGGGAGCGGUUCCAUGUCGAAGGAAGAAUUCUCACAACUACUGAGGUCCUUCAUUGAGAUUGCGAACAACUGCUUGCCAAAGGAACAGAUACAGGAUGUUAUAGAGUCGAUGUUCAAAGAUGCAGGAUUUGAAGACAAAGAGGAGUUAAUGUGGGAGGAUUUCCAUUACUUGUUCCGGGAUCACUACCAUGAGUUGGAGCUAGCUCAGCUCAAUGUGAAAGGUAUUGAAGGACAGAAACGUGGGAGAGCAAACCAGGUUUCCUUCGUAAUAAAGAAAAAAGAUGAAGUGCCAAAGAGUGCAGAAAGCCAACCAGAAACCAGCCCAAAAGAGACCAGCCCAUCUGAAACUUCAAGCCCGGAACACUUCGUCCUGGAUUUGCGUAAACGGUUUGGCAAGAAAUCUUCUCAAACAACCGGUAAAGUCUUCACAGAACCAAAACGGGACAAGUAUACCAAAAACAAAUUGCAACAGAAAUAUCACGAAUGCAGGCAAUAUACUCAAAACCAUCAACGUCAAAUUUUUUGUAGCAUCAUCUUCUUUGGGAUUACUGCGGGUGUCUUUGUUGAGCGCGCCUAUUACUAUGCAGUGUUAAGAGAGCACUCUGGGGUGCCUCAGACCACAAGAGUCGGUCUCAUCAUUGCCCGUGGAUCUGCAGCUGCUGUCUCCUUCCUGUACUCGUACAUCCUUCUCACUAUGUGCCGGAACCUCAUCACAGUUCUGCGUGAAACGUUCCUCAAUCUAUACAUUCCUUUUGAUUCGGCUGUGGAUUUCCAUCGUUGGGUUGCGAUGGCUGCUGCUUUUUUCUCAGUACUCCACAGUGCAGCUCAUGCAGUCAAUAUUUACACUUUGUCUGCCAGCCCACUCAGUGUUCUAGCCUGCCUAUUCCCUGAGGCAGUCCAUGAUGAUGGGUCUGAACUUCCCCUGAAGUAUUACUGGUGGUUCUUUCAGAAUAUUACAGGGAUGGCUGGAGUUCUACUCCUUUUUGCCUUCUCUAUUCUACAUGUCUUUGCCUUGCACUAUUUCCGGCGCAUUAGCUUUAGAGCGUUCUGGAUGUCCCAUCAUCUCUACAUAGCAAUAUAUAUCCUGAUCAUUUUACAUGGCAGUGCUGCUCUUCUUCAGCCGCAAAGAUUCCACGUGUAUUUAAUCAUCCCCGCCCUGAUCUUCAUUGGAGACAAAUUUGUUAGCUACAGCAGAAAAAAAAUUGAGAUUGCAGUUGUCAAAGCUGAGCUUCUGCCAUCAGGUGUCACUCACCUUGAAUUUAAACGUCCCAAAGAUUUUGACUAUAAGUCUGGUCAGUGGGUACGUAUUGCAAGCCUUAUUUUGGGGACAAACGAGUACCAUCCUUUCACCUUGACGUCAGCUCCACAUGAAGAUACCCUCAGCCUUCACAUUCGGGCAGUUGGACCAUGGACAAUCCGAUUACGGGAAAUAUACUCCCGGGAAAGUAUAUUGGCUCUUGGGAGAAACCCAAAGAUUUACCUGGAUGGGCCAUUUGGCGAGGGCCAUCAAGAAUGGAACAAGUUUGAGGUGUCUGUCCUGGUUGGAGGAGGGAUUGGUGUGACACCUUUUGCAUCUAUCCUCAAAGAUCUUGUCUUCAAGUCGACUAUUAACAGCAAAAUAUUAUGUAAAAAGAUCUACUUCAUCUGGGUGACUCGAACACAGAGGCAGUUUGAGUGGCUGGAGGACAUCAUCCGUGAAGUUGAAGAGACUGAUAAAAAUUCCCUGGUGUCCGUCCAUAUCUACAUCACUCAGCUGGCGGAGAAGUUCGACCUUAGGACUACCAUGCUUUACAUUUGCGAACGUCACUUCCAGAAAGUGUCAAACCGGAGCUUGUUCACCGGACUCCGCUCCAUCACUCAUUUCGGACGUCCCCAGUUUUUCCCCUUCUUUAACUCACUGGUGGAAGUGCACCCUGAGGUUACGAAGAUUGGUGUGUUCAGCUGUGGACCCCCCGGAAUGACCACAAAUGUAGAAAAAGCUUGCAAACAAAUGAACAAACGGCAUACAAUCCAAUUUCACCAUCACUAUGAGAACUUCUAGCUUCCUGACAAAUUAUGAAACUAUCCUCUCAAAUUUCGCAACGUUCGUUUUUGUUACUUUUUUCUUGUAACGAAGGAAUAUCUUUUGAAUCACGAUCAUGUUUAUCUCUCACUGAGCACUAGUAACAGGGCGUGUAUUACUUAUCUGUGUGCCCAACCUUGUAAUGUGAUCUGUAAAUCUGAUUUAACUCUUAAAGUUAUUUUUGAAUAUUUGUAAAAAAAAACCGGUUAAAAAAAGGAUCUAAUUGUCCAUAAUUUGCUGUAAAAAUAUUGUUUGAAUGAUGCACAAUGUUAUUAAUGUGCAGAGAGACCAGCAGCUUGUGCAAAGGAAGAGAUAGCCCAUGAAUUGCGAAUCACCACAAAUUAGAUUAAAAUGAAACAAAAACAAAAAUAGCUGGAAAAACUCAGCAGGUCUGACAGCAUCUGCGGAGAGGAAUACAGUUAAUGUUUCAAGUCCAUAUGACUCUUCAUCAGAACUAAGGAAAUAUAGAAAUGAGAUGAAAUAUAAGCCGGUUGAGGGGAGGUGGGACAGGUAGAGCUGGAUAGAAGGCCAGUGAUAGGUGGAGGCAAAGAAGAGGUUGCCAAGGAUGUCAUAGACAAAAGGACAAAGGGAUGUUGAUGGUGGUGAUAUUAUCUAAGGAAUGUGCUAAUGGUGACAUUAAGGGUAGAAAGCAGGAUGAGCAAGUGACAGAUAGCAAUAGGGGGGUGGGAACCUCUUUGUUUCCAACCUAAUGACACUAGUUAAUUUGGACAGAGUAAUGCUGUUAUCCCUCAUGCUGCAGAGACAACAUUGCAUAGAAUCAGGUGAGGUUUGCUCAGUUCUUCAGUAAAAUGUCCGAAGAGCAAACAAACUAGAUUGAAGCAGUGGUCUGAAUUCAGUGCAUUGGAGCCCUGUCAUCCUGAGGCAUAUGAUCUAUAUCCAUCAAGCAAGUUUCCGAGUUUCGUAGCAGACCUAUGUGUUCUCUCAAAAGGAUCAUUAGCAAAAGGGCUUCUCAGGACUGGCUACAGCAAGGAAGUGAGAAGGAUUUAGCUCAUCCUUGCAGGCUAUGAACUCUGCAUGCUGAAGCUAGACUUCCCAUGGAGAUUGUGUGGAGUCUUCUGCUGCAGAAAAACUUCUACCCUUAGCUUCCAGGCUCUUUGAACCUUUUUCUGGCAUAUUUUCUCGGCUUCUGUAGCUUCAGUUAGGGGCUUCUUUGAGUUCAAAUCUAUUGAAGAUAUCAUUUUCCUUAGUCUUUCAGCAUUUCUGUGAGGAUGAGGAUUUUGAAUCUGAGCUGCCAUCAUGUUAGGAUGAUGUUGGUUGCAGAACAUAUCUGUUAAAGAUACCUUCAUGGUCUUCUAUAUGUUAACAGCAAGUCUUUUUUAACUAUUUGUGACUAUAUACGAAUAUACAAUAAAGGGUACAGGCAUGGA